UUCACUUCUCUCUUCUCCUCUUUUGUCUCUUCUUCGCGACAAUGGAGACAAUGGUGAGUCAAAGUUCUGGGUCAGCAUCUAAUUCAAUGAGCCGGUGUUGGAGUCCGAAUUGCAAAUGUGGAAGACCGUCGACGGUUGUAAAAUCGUGGACAAACGAUAAUCUAGGAAGAAGAUUCUACAGAUGUGGUGUUCAUGGGUUCGUUGAUUGGGCAGACGAAGAAAAGCCAUAUGGAUGGCAGAAGCGUAGCUUAUUAGAAGCUAGAGAUGAGAUAUGCCGACAGAAAGAAACUAUUAAUGUGCUUAAAGAAUCUCUAACGAACAAGAAGGAAGAAGGUGUGCGUGGUUCUCCAAUUAUGAAUAUUGGGUUAGUGAAUAAACUCGAGCAAGAGAAGAACCAGCUUGAAAAUGAAGUUAGGACAGGUUAUGAGAGGGAGAAACUGUUGUGGCAGUUCAUCGUGUUGUCUUGGGGAGGUUUCAUUGUCGUUAUUAGAAUGAUAAUUGGAAUGGGGAAGAAGUAG